UGUUAUAUGUUACCUUAACUUGAACCAUGCUUCUAUUUUCGUGACCUCCAAACUUUGUCUGCGUCGAAUUAGAGGUCAAAUUCGAACGAAACGCGUUAGCCUUAAAUUUAUUACAAAAAUAAUCCAUUGUACAGUGAAUCCUAUUUAGACACUUGUUCCAUAGAAACACGUACGUUCGUUAGAAUAUCAAUUUCUCUGCCCGAUAUUUACACUUUUCUCCUAUUCUCUUGGAAUGAGAGUAUAAAAUUAUUUUUCGCAUCGAAAAAGUUAGCAGAGUGGUCAGGAAAUGGCCUUUGCUUAAGUAACAAAAAAAAAUCAACUGUGAUAAGAGCUGUGAUAAUAUACAAUUAAUUUAACGAAUUCGUUUCGCUUAGUAACAAGUGAUUUCAGCUGUAUGAUUACGUUAUUUUGAGAAUGGGUUCUGUGCUUGCAAUAAGUAAUUUUGUUCGAAAUGCAUCAAAGGCACUAAUCAGGAAGCUUAGGAGCAUUCUUCGGAGUCUUUACAGUUGUCACUACUUAAAAUGUCUUUGCUAUUAUGUAUUGGCAGAGAAUAUGACAGAGCAUAUGUCAUCGUCUCAAAGCGUGGACUCUGAACAAAUAAGAGUCUUAACUUUAAAUAAUGGAGAACAUCUUGAUGGUAUAUUAUACAGAUUAAAGAAAGGAUGGAGAGUGGAAUUUCGAUUAGGCGCUUCCUUGCUUGGGAAAACACUUGAUCUAUUUAUAAAUUAUCCUUUGAGCAGCACUCAGCCAUUCGAAAGACACACCUAUUAUCCAUUAGAGUGGUCAAAUGAGACAGCUAGCAUAUGUUUAUCUUCAGCUGGUUCAUUCCAUUAUUAUCUUACAGAUCCUAAUUCUGAAGGCACAAAACCUAUUGCUUCUGGAUACUUAUUGGUUGAUCCAGAACUUAAAAUUGGAGCAUCUGGAGAAAAUUUGCCAUUAGAUUGUAUCCAAUGUCAAACUGUUCUGGCGAAGUGUUUAGGACCCUUCUCCACAUGGGAAGACAAGCUUCUAGUAGCUCGAAAUUCUGGAUACAAUGUAGUCCAUUUCACACCAAUCCAGGAACUGGGAUCCUCUAAAUCAUCUUAUAGCCUCAGCGAUCAAUUGAAAUUAAAUCCAUCCUUUAAUAAUGAAGAUAAACCAGUUACAUUCGACGAUAUUGAAGGAUUCACAAAUAAAAUGCGUAACGAGUGGAAUAUGUUAAGUGUAUGUGAUAUUGUACUGAACCACACGGCCAACGAAAGUCAUUUCUUAGUAUCUCACCCAGAAUGUACAUACAAUUGCGUGAACAGUCCUCAUUUGCGUCCCGCAUAUAUCUUGGAUGCUGCACUAUUUGAAUUAACAGUACAAGUAGCUGCUGGAGAAUGGGAGUUCAAGGGUAUUCCUUCGGUAGUUGAAACCGAAGAACAUCUAAAUUCGAUUCGUCAUGCACUGCAUACAUAUUUUCUACCGCUCAUAAAAAUACAAGAAUUAUACAUAGUAGACAUCAACGAAACGAUUGCCGAAUUUCUGAACUUGGCACGAAAUCAAAUGCCUCAGGACAUUGCUGAGCCAAUAUCGGAGGAUAUUAAAGUGAUACAGGACCCGAAAUUCCGUAGAUUAAAGGCUACGAUAAAUAUGCAGCUUGCAUUGCAAAAAUACAAUAUAUAUAGAGUGGAUUGUUUCGACGAGGAGACUCGUCUGAAACGAUGUGCCGAAGAUUUAAGAAAAAAGUUGCAAGAGCUUAACGACGGAAUAAUCAACGAGGUACAAAACCAUUUGAAUGCUGCGAUUGAGAACACUGUUGCCGGUAUCAGAUACUUCAGAGUUCAACCUGACGGACCAAGGCUUAAAGAAAUAAGUGAAAGGAACCCUCUCGUCCCUAGAUAUUUUACUGACUACGGAGCGCCUCAAACGUUGGCUGAAAGAGAAGCAACUAUGUAUUCUGACGCAGGAUGUUAUUUGAUGGUUCAUAACGGUUGGGUGAUGAAUAGCGAUCCUUUGAAAAAUUUCGCAGAUCCCGAUUCCAAUGUUUAUAUAAGAAGAGAGCUAAUUGCUUGGGGCGACAGUGUAAAAUUAAGGUUUGGCGAAAAACCAGAAGAUAGUCCAUUUUUGUGGCAACAUAUGACUGCUUAUGUUGAACAGACAGCUAAGAUAUUCGAUGGGAUCCGUUUGGACAAUUGUCAUUCGACACCAAUUCCGGUCGCAGAGUAUAUGCUUGAUGCUGCUCGUCGAGUGCGUCCAGAUUUAUACGUUGUCGCAGAGUUGUUUACAAAUUCCGAUCAGAAGGAUAAUAUAUUUGUGAAUCGUCUUGGUAUUACUUCUUUAAUUAGGGAGGCAAUGUCAGCGUGGGACAGUCACGAGGAAGGUCGAUUGGUAUACAGAUACGGAGGCGAACCAGUUGGAGCUUUCAUGCAACCACGUAAACGGCCUCUAGUACCGGGCAUAGCGCACGCGCUUUUCUUGGAUCUAACCCACGACAACCCUAAUCCGGUUGAGAAGCGCAGCGUGUUUGAUUUGCUACCAAGUGCUGCACUCGUGUCAAUGGCAGCGUGUGCUAGCGGCAGUAAUCGUGGAUACGACGAACUAGUUCCUCAUCAUAUACACGUGGUGGACGAAACAAGACAAUAUACUUCUUGGACAGACGUCGAAGAUUUGGUGGACGGUAUUGGACAUGUUGGAUCAAAGUCAGGCAUAAUCCUAGGGAAGAAAGCAUUGAAUGAGCUACAUUAUACUCUUGGACAGCAGAAAUUCUCUCAAGUUUUUGUUGACCAAAUGGAUACUGAUAUAGUCGCCGUAACCAGACAUUCUCCGACGAGUCACGACAGCGUGGUCCUGGUCGCCUUCACAGCAUUCAAACACCCUGACCCCAACGCCAACGAUCUGAGAAGGCAUGUGAAACCGUUGCGUGUAGAAGGUGUGGUGGAAGAAAUUAUUUUAGAAGCGUCUUUGUCUCAUGCGGGAGUGAAGAAUGGGACAUCGCCUUUCCAUUAUCCAGAGAAAUACACGCAAGACGAAACGUACAUAAACGGUCUGUCCGAGUAUGUUUUAAGUCUCAAAGAGCAUAUACAGAUCUGCGAUUCCGAGGUUUUGGAGAAAGUUGACUCUGGAGAUCCUAAGAUCACUCAGCUGAAUUUUGUAAACUUCCAGCCAGGCUCUAUCAUCGCAAUUCGCGUGUCGCUUCACGUCAAUAUAAAACCUGCUCUCGCGAAACUGCAUAACACCAUCUCCGUGAUAACAUCAUCAAAGAGCUCUGACUUACGUGUCGUAGCUUCCCGUAUGAAUUUAGUGGAUUUGAACAAGGCCUUGUACAGAUGCGACCAGGAGGAACGCGAUGAAACCUCGAACCGAUUCGGUGUGUACGAUAUCCCUGGAUACGGUCCUCUCGUCUACGCAGGAUUGCAAGGUGUCAUUUCUCUGUUGGCGGAUAUUCGUCCAAACAACGAUCUGGGUCAUCCACUGUGCAUUAAUCUGAGACAGGGUAAUUGGUUGAUAGAUUACACGUGGCAACGUCUGAAGGAGGACGACGGGACUAGAGCUCUCGGAAAAUGGUUGGAAGAAGCUACCGAGCCGUUUAAAUUGAUACCUCGUUAUUUAGUGCCCAGUUACUUCGAUGUCAUCGUUGUAAACGUUUACAUGAUUCUCCUCGAACAGUCCUACAGCUUAAUGUCAAGCUUCGUGAAAGACGGUUCCACCUUUAUCAAGAUGCUCUCUCUAAUUUCAAUACAAAUGGGAGGCGUAGUAAGAUCUUCCCCGUUGCCGGAUCUCUCGCCUAAUUUAGACCCUCCUAAACCACCGAUUAAACAAUACAACGGAGAGAGCGAACAAAUGUGCAUGACACUGUCCGCUGGCCUGCCACACUUUACUACCGGUUACAUGAGAAACUGGGGAAGAGAUACCUUUAUUGCUGUGCGAGGAUUGCUCAUACUAACAGGCAGACACACCGAAGCGAGAUUCAUCAUUCUCGGUUAUGCGGAAACUCUACGACAUGGUUUGAUCCCUAAUCUACUCGACAAAGGAAAGAACGCUAGAUAUAACUGCCGAGAUUCUUUGUGGUGGUGGUUGUACACAAUUCAAUGUUACAUACAAGAAGUGCCAAAUGGUUUGAAGAUCUUCACUGAUAAAGUCUCCCGGCUGUUCCCGACCGACGAUUCGCCAGCACUGCCAGCAGGGGAAGUAGACCAACAUCUUCAUGACGUUAUCCAAGAGGCACUGCUGACUCACUUCCAAGGGCUGUGCUUCAGGGAAAGGAACGCUGGAAGACAAAUCGACGAGCAUAUGACUGACCGCGGUUUUAAUAAUCAGAUCGGGGUACAUCCGGAGACCGGGUUUGUAUUUGGCGGAAAUGACGCAAAUUGUGGCACAUGGAUGGACAAAAUGGGAUCUUCCGAGAAGGCAGGUAACAAGGGGAAACCUGCGACACCGAGAGACGGCUCGGCCGUAGAAAUAGUGGGGCUCAGUAAGAGCAUUCUGAGCUUCCUGGCUGAACUGUACAAACAGAAUCUGUUCCCGCAUGGUAGCGUGCAAAGAAAGAACCGCGACGGAUCUGUCGUAACAUGGAGCUACAAGCAAUGGGCAGACAAGAUUUCAAUGAGUUUCGAGAAAAACUUUUACGUCAAUGAAGUCAAAACCGAAAACGAAUUGCAGACAGAACUGAUCCAUCGUCGUGGGAUAUAUAAAGAUAGCCACGGAGCAACCCAAGCAUGGGCUGAUUAUCAAUUGCGACCUAAUUUCCCAAUUGCGAUGGUAGUUGCUCCAGAAUUGUUUAAUCCGAAACAUGCGUGGACUGCGCUGAAGAAGGCAGAAGAAAUUUUGUUAGGACCGCUUGGAAUGAAGACACUGGACCCUGCUGAUUGGGCAUACAAUGGAUACUAUGACAACUCUAACGACAGUGGGGAUACUAAAUUAGCGCACGGUUGGAAUUACCAUCAAGGCCCUGAAUGGGUUUGGCCUAUGGGAUAUUUCCUUCGAGCACGAUUGUACUUUGCUCCGCUAGUCGGCGGAAAGGAAGAGUUGCUCCGUACCAUCGAAUCAACCGAAGCGAUUAUUUCUCGACAUUACAUAGAGGCUUCCACAAAUCACUGGAGAGGUCUUCCUGAACUGACCAACAAGGACGGCGAGUAUUGCAAGGACAGCUGCAGGACCCAAGCUUGGAGCGCUUCUGCUAUCCUAGAGGUUCUUUACGACUUAGAUAAAAUAAAACGGGAGUUACGCUCCGAGGAGAUCGAACGAACGAACUGAUACAAUUUUGCGUGUGUUCACCACCGCCAGUUACACUUAGAACAUUUACGAUUAGAGGAAGAACGUAGACAUAGAGGUACAGAACACGACGACAAGUUGCACCACUCGGAUACUGUCGCAGGAACACAACGCACGGAGACACACGCAUACGGUAUUUCGCACGUAGAGAAAACAAGCACGCCGCCGUGCAAACUUAUUACCACCGAUAUCAUUUCUACGAACAACGGUUUGUACUCGAUCCAAGAGUCCGAAGAGACCAGAAGCGGAUCAGACGCCAGGCACGAGUUCGUUUUUCCUGCUUACCCCGGUAAUUUAGAGGCGAUAGAGGCCAUGUCGAGUACCGCGGACCUUUCGACGGUGUCAGGAGGCGAGGCGCACAAAACGGCACAAGUUACCUACGGAAACGAGCCAUUGAAAUACUCGAGCAAACCAUCGGCAAAGUUCCUAAACGAAUUGACUGAUCAGAGCAACGUAAUCGCGGACGAGAACACGGAGGCUGAAACGGGCGUAAAGUAUUCGGCAAACACGGAUCACGUUUACGAAGAGGUGAACGCGUUCGAGUACGACAUAAUGGAUUAUUACGAGAAAUAUAGUCCAACGACCGCGAAGACCUUGAUCAAUACGCUUUUCCUUCCUCGGCAAAAGAUCUGCAAACAGUGCGCCAGCUUACAAAACAGCCCAGUAUACUCCGACCGAUUGGUAUACGGAAAGAGACCGUUGAACGCAAGGGAGGUGAAUUUGUUCCAGCUAAACGAUAUUAUAUGCUUCAAGUAUUGUCCAGAAGACGGUAAACGUAACGGCAUAAUGUUCUCGCAAUACGAUAAUACUCAGCAUCGCUUGUUAGUCUACGCAUAUACUAAAACGAAUGCAUCCAGCAUAUUUUAUUUUAACGGGUCCGUUAGAGACACGUUCGACUUAAGGACCUCGCUCUUACCGAAUAUUCUUCUCAUUAGAGGCCAAAAUAAGGGUGUAGUCAGCACGGAUUUGUAUCACCGUUGUGCAAGUAAUUUUUACAACAGAAUAUCCAACACCGGAGUCGCGGCCGCGUUUCGCAUGGACCACAAUAACAUUCUGAGCAGCAUAAAGCACGUCGGUUAUGACACCGACUUGCAGAACUGGAUGAACUACCGAAACGACGUAUUCCGAUCGCAUGGUUUCAAGCAAGAUGAUGUUGUCGAGCACAGGGCGAACCGAUCCAGUUUGUUGUUGUUGGAGCCGUUGCUGCUGAUGCCGGAGUUCACAAGACCGAGGAACGGGCACAGGAAGAACCGGUACGCGCAAUCGGAACACAUGAAAAUAGUGAAAAUUGUUAUUGCUUACACCCUGUCAUUUUUCAUAUUAGCGACGAUUACGUUUUACAUAGUUUAUUUCACUUGAGGAUUAUGCGGACCUAGCGGAACACAUUUUUGUCACUUAUAAUAUAUGUAGCGAUAUCCCAGAGAGCUUCUACUUUCUCGAAAUCCGAUCUGAAUUUUAAGGAGUUUGUAAAACUUCGAAUACACGGAAUCAGAGAAUUAAUUAUUUGACAUAAUUUAAUCUUCGAAGAAUUGUAGAAAUUUGAACGAAAGGAAACGAUUAUAUAAAAACACAUUCGAGAGAAAAAGAGGGAGAGAGAGAGAAAAUUCGAAAGGAACGCAUUUUUGAAAAAGAAGUAGAAAGAUCCUUUUGAUUGAAGAUUGAAGAAAAUGAAUUUUUCUAAUUUACUAGCAUUUGUUUGCAUAAAAUUUGUUUAUACGACAAUUCAACGUUAACUGUUCUGUCGCAUAUCUAAUUAUUGUAUUAAUUAUUAUUAUUUGUUAAUGCUACUUGAAACUUGUUCUUGCUUACAUAUAACCAUGUAGAACAACAUAUUUAUAUACAUUGUUAGGGAACUGUAUUCCAGCGAUUUUAUGGAGAAACAUUAGUACAAAAUUGUACAACAACGAAAAGAAAUUCUAUUUAUGUAACACUGAAGCAGAUAUUGGCUGAACGAUAACUAUUUUUUCAUACAGUUUGGAAACUUUAUAAAAACGGUUACCGGGACAAUAAACGGGUUGUUGAGAUUUCUAACUCUGUUUUUUAAUAUAUUAAUAAUAUAUUUAUUAGCAGAUGCCGUUAAUAUUGCAGGUAUAUUUCGGACACAUAUUUUCUUAAUCGCUUUCAUAUCUGUAUGGAAUAUUUGCAAUAAAAUUAAUAUACAUAAUGUUA